GAGUUUCAUUGUCUUUGGCCACAAGCUAGCCUCAACUUUCCUCCUGUCUUGUAACGUUGCUGAGAGAAAGUAACGCCGAAACUCCACCAAAGUGCGGUCAUGUCGUCUCGUUACCUGCCUUUCAUAACUCGUAGCUUUUCUGAAUCUCUCAUACCAACUCCCCGCUACACCAGCAGCACCGCCUCAGCCUCCUUUACAGCUGAUACUGACCAUUUUUAUGCUAGUUGUCUGUUAUUGUCAUCAUCAUCUUCAAACAAAAUCCGCCGUGACGAGCAGCGCCGACCAUCUUUCUGAGUUGACAUUUCAUAGGAGGCGGGAGGAUGUCUGUGGAGGUGGACGCGUUGCUGCAGGAGGCGAAGGAAAGCAUCGAGGCGGCCCAGAACUACCGCAGUGAGCUGCAGCAGCGCCUGCAUGGCCUCAACCAGGCACGCAAACAGGUGCGUGGCAGCUCGGGUCAGGCCCGCGAGGCUCUCCGGCGGCACUUUGCGGAGCUGCAGGCGGCAGCGAGCCGGUUGCUGACGGAGCGAUUGGCCUCCCUGCUGGCCGAGGUCGACACCAUCGAGGCGGACAGCGUCAAACCGCUCGAUGACUGCCAGAGUCUCAUCGAGCACGGGGUGGGCCAGGCCGACGAGCUGCUGAGAGAGGGGGAAGCAGCUCUGCGUUGUGGUCUCGGGGAGAAAGAGGACAAGCUGGGCAGUUUCACCAAGAAGGCCAUGCACAUCCAGCUGGACAGUCUUCCAGAGGUACCAGCGCUGGUGGACGUGCCGAGUGUUUCGGCCCAGCUGGACGACUCCCUGCUGGGUCUCCUGAGGGAGCGAGUGUCGCGUCACGGCUCCGUCUCCUCACACCCGCCCGUCCAGAUCGAAGAGCUGCAGGAGAGACCGGGCGGCAUCCUGGUCCGCUGGUGUAAGGUGGACGAGGACUACGCAGCGGCAGAUUACCGGCUGCAGUUCCGGCGGUCUGGCAGCGGGGGGAGCCAGUACGAGGACGCCUACAUCGGUCGGGACUGUGAGUUCCUGGUUCUCCACCUGGACCCUCACACUGAUUAUCUGUUCAGGGUCUGCGCCCGCGGGGAGGGUCGCACCGAGUGGAGCCCCUGGAGCGUCCCGCAGACAGGAUACACCACCCUCGCACCGCACGAGUGGUGUCCGGGCACUGAGGGCUACAUCCUGAGCAGCAGGAGGAACAUCGCUCUGCGUAACGACUCCUCCCAGUCGCGCUGCCCCGUCCUUUAUUCCAACGCACCCACGUACUUCUGUGGCCAGACGCUGACCUUCAAGAUUUCUGCAACGAGUCAGAUGGAUCGCAGAGACAGUCUGGGUGUGUGUGUCGACAGCCAGAGGGGGGCGGAGUCACUUCAGAGAGACCAGGCCGUCUGUAUUUCCACCAACGGUGCCGUGUUCGUCAACGGCAAAGAGAUGACCAACCAGCUUCCCGCCAUCAUGCUGGGCUCCGCCAUCACCUUUGACAUGGAGGUGGUGAACCUGUUCCCCAUCAGCAACAACAACCUGAGCGAGGGCGGCAACUUCAAGCUGCGGGUGACCAUCGGCUCGGGGAACCGGGAGGUGGUGUUCGACUGGCUGGUGGACCAGGCGGUGGACUGCCUCUUCUUCGGCUGCUCGUUCGUCCACUCCGGCUGGAAGGUGCUCGUGUAUUAAAAGCUCGAUCGUGAAGACGGAUCAUUGAGAGCUCGUCACACCAGCUCCGCUUUCUCCACCUCCGUUUCUGGUAUCUUCCUGUCACAGCUGAGCGACUGACAGGACGACACGUCUGGACAAAAAAAAAGGAAAAAUCUGUCAUUUCUCCUCAGAAUUUCUUCGGCAAUCGUCAACUUCCAGAUAAUGUUUUGUUUUCUCUGCAUCAGCAGCUGCACAGUAUUUGUCUGUAACUCUUCAAAGACGAAAUUGGCCGACAUUAGAACUAAAGUUUAGUUAAACGCAGCAGACGUCCUUCUCAUUUGGAAAACAGAUAUUUCUGUAGCAGGAAACUUUCUUUGAGGAUUGCAGACAAAUCUUAAUAUCAGUUGAAAUUCUGCUGCUUUGGCUCGAGCGUUGCAGAUUCAGUGUGUUUACGUACAUUUAAAAUACGCGGAGCAUCAUUGUCGCGUCUUUCUUCUGUUAAAAUGUUAUUAAAUUAUCUCACCGACACAAACGCAAGAAGAAAACCUCCUCAACCAUUUUUCUCUGAGCUAAUUAUUAUUUUCUGGGUGCUUGUGAACGUGCUGGAUGUUUGGGAGGAAAUGUGAUCGCUCCAGAUUUUAUUCCAGAUGUUAAAUAAAGUCCUGUCAGUCUGGACCAACAGUCUCAGUCAGAAACUGGAUCCUCCAACAAUGAUCCGGCUCUUCUUCAGCCACGCUGGAGCUUCUGGGCUUUUUAGUUUGAUUCUCAGGCCGUCUGACGAGGUCGGCCGGUUGUUUACAGCUUUUUUUAAUUAUUUUUUUUUUAAACUUGGCUGUUUUAUCUAUGCAUCGUCUUAAUUUAGCCGUAGCGACGAGCCUCUCGGGACACUCGCUGUUUCCUCGGAGGCCACAAAAUAAUAGAUGGGUUACGUUUUUUAUUGGCAGCGGCAGGAGAGCGAAGAUGUUACAAUCUGCUGCUGCUAAACUUUAGUACUUUUUUUUAAUUAUCUAAAUGAAAACGUCACUGUGAAAGUCGCACGUCCUCGUGUAUUCUUCUAUGCCUCCUAGACUUGUUCAUUUAAAGGGUCAGUUCACCAAAAAUACAAACCAGUCUGAGCGUGUUCGUCUGUCUGUCUGAGUUUUGGGGAGAAUUCAGAGGAUUUGGAGCUCAGUUGAUAAUCAGAGGCAACAACAGAAAUGCAAAAAAAAAAAAAAAUGGCACAAAGAUCGAGUUGUGUCUCAUUACGGUGUCUGCGUUGAGGGGGAGCGUUUGUGUUUUGGUUCCUCUUAUUUUUCCGGAUAGUGUUUUGUUUUUACGGUUUCGUACUGUUGGAAAUGCUCGGAGCCUCGGCUGCAGCUCAGCCUUUUCUGAUUUAGACUGAACUAAAGUGACUUCAGUUUGUCAUUCGUCAUCCUCAUCUCAGCAUAAAGAGUUUUAUUGCAACAUUUUUAAAUACUGUAACCCAGAUCUGGUGUUUCAGUCACAUCCCGCUCUCGUCUGAGCUGCAGAGACGAGCGACUUCUUGAUUAGAUUAAAUCUGAGCGUUUAUUGUGAGUUUGAGGAUUCAGAUGAAAGAUAUUUUCUCUUAAUGUCAACUAAACUUUUAAGAGAACUGAAGCUGUUUUUUGUCUCUGUGAAGAACCGUUCAGUCAUUUUAAAAUAUCUUAUAGUUGUUGGUGUCGGUGUAAAGAGGUUCUGAUCUGAUCCGGUGACUCAGGCUGAAGAUCAUCUUCGUUUCGUCGCCUCUAAACUAAUCAAACUGUUACUUUGAAUUAUUUUGCUUUUUGCCUCGACAAUCCUAACAGUAUUUACAGGCCCUGAUGUUGUUUUAGUGGGAGGGUGCUGGUUAUUGAUAAAUCUGUUUACAGUCUGACUCAGUUCUGCUGUUCACGCUGUUAAUUAGAGUGAGCUGACUUCUUCUUCUGUGGUGGUGUAGAUACAAAGAUAUAUAUACAGUUUGAAAAACAAGGAAUCUUUGGUGUUAAAGUGAUACUGAGGACUCAGGCUCAGUUAUGGUGUCAACUAACGAUUAUUGAUUAGUUCCGAUAAUAAAACGUCGAGAUUGUGACGAAUGCUCGGUUUUCACCUGAAUGUUGACUUUAAACAUUUCGUCAAUUAUCGGCUACAACUAAUCACUAUUAAUUAUCUUUUAAAUCGACUUAUCACACCUAUAAACUCAUCCUCAGCUGACUCUUCGUUUCAGCUCUGUUGAGGAUUUCCACCAUAUUUAUGUAAUUCUCACGGAUGUAUUUGUCUGCCGUCUGUUCUGUCCUUUAUUGUUUUGACCCGUCUGUCGGAGUGAAGCCUUUAACAGCGAUGACGUCUCAGCGUUUCUUCUGAUUCACUCACGGUGGAGUGAUGUGACACAUUCACUAACCCCGACUUAUCACAUUUCAAUGAAACGGGAGAAACUUUUCUUUUUGGGCGCAGCUCAAGUUCAGCCUCUUCUAACCCACGUUCUUCAGAGAUGUUUACUUGUUUUUCGGCUGAUCUGACGCCAGUGUUAUGUCUUUGUGGAGGACGGUGGGUGCGUCCAGAUGAUGGUACAGAUUUCCUGAAACCAGUGAACACAACCUCAGUUUAUCUUCUUCCUGCCUGAAGGAGAGAAACCUGCAGCUGAGACACACCGAGGUGUGUUUUUUAAAAGUGUUGGACCGUCAACACAGUGACACCUGCUGGUCAAACAUUUGCAUUGAAUUGUUCUCACUGCUGUCAUCCUUCAUGUUUUGUUCAAUAAAGGUCAUAUCAUGUAAACUGAA